AUGACGGACGCUGCGGCAGCUUCCGUCAAUGUUAAAGUCGAAGAAACUACUCGCAAGAAACCCCACUGCAGGUUAUGCGGCACGCCUAUGCAGGGCCACCGCCGCGAACCCAUUCAUGGUACAAUUGUAUGCCCCUCCGGAGGUCAGGCAUACGCGGUAGCCCCGCCGUUUCCAACUGUCGAGGAGGGAGACGUCAAGCCCGUUGUUAGACGUACUCCGAACGCGCGAAGGAGAAAGAGUCGUGCCAAGUCCACUCCCGGUCCAGAACUCCAUUAUCAGACUUUCACCAAGGAAGACGCAGUUUGGAGCUCGAGAAUGCCGGGAACCAUCGCGCCCGAUAACGAGCUCAUGCAUGCCCCUCCUCGAAUGGCUACUUGGUGCCAGCUUGGUUUUGUCGGAUUCAUGGGAGGCGCGACUUUUUUCUUGAUGUUUUAUAUGCUACUUGCUUUUGCCGAUUGA